ACAUGGAGGAGCGGGAGCGGGGGGCGAGGCCGGCUCUCGCCGGGAGCCCCGCGCGCCCGCCCAGCCCGCGGCUGGAUGUCAGCUCUGACAGCUUCGACCCGAUGCUGGCCCUGUACGCGCCCCGCCUGCCCCCCAUCCCCUACCCCAACGCCCCCUGCUUCAACAACCUGGCCGAGUACGAGAGCUUCCUCCGGACCGGGGUCCGGGGCGGCGGGCGCGGGCGAGCGCGGGGCGCGGCCGCGGGCGCUGGGGGCCCCGCCGCCGCCGCCGGACCCCCGGGCAGGACCCGCCGCCGCCAGGACGCCCCCGCCCCGGACCCCGAGCGCAUCCAGCGCCUCCGCCGUCUCAUGGUGGCCAAGGAGGAAGAGGACGGGACCGCCGGGGCGCGCCGGCGGGGUCCGGGUCGCAGCAGGAAGGCGCCGCGCAACGUGCUCACGCGAAUGCCCUUGCACGAAGGCAGCCCUCUGGGUGAAUUGCAUCGUUGUAUCCGGGAGGGGGUGAAGGUGAAUGUUCACAUCCGCACUUUCAAGGGACUCCGGGGCGUCUGUACAGGCUUCCUUGUCGCAUUUGACAAGUUCUGGAAUAUGGCACUUACUGAUGUGGAUGAGACCUACCGAAAACCUGUUCUAGGCAAAGCGUAUGAGCGGGAUUCUUCGUUGACUCUCACUAGGCUAUUUGAUCGGCUGAAACUUCAAGAUUCCUCCAAGAAGGAAGCAGAUUCUAAGUCUGCAGUUGAAGACUCCACUCUGUCCAGAUACUCCCAAACAUCCACUUGGAAGGUGGCUUCAGUGUGGGGAAGAGGAGACACUGACCGGGGCUCACGCAAGCGUUCCCGCUCUGUCCCUUCUUCCCUGCAGGCAUCUGCAAGGGAGGAGUCCAGAUCAGAGCUGUCAGGGAGGACUACACGGACAGAAGGGUCCAGUACGGGAGGUACCUUUUCCAGGGCUACCACCCUUUCCAGGAGCCAAUCCCGUAAAAAAAAGCGAAAGCCCAAGGUGGAUUACCAGCAGGUAUUCACCCGACACAUAAAUCAGAUUUUCAUUCGAGGUGAGAAUGUCCUGCUGGUUCACCUCGCACAGUAACCAGCUCAGCCUCACUUGAGCUUUGGUUUUUAAAAAUAAAGUGCAUGAAUUGCUACUCUGCUGUAUCUUAGUAUCCCAAGGAAACCCUGAAUUGGAAUGCUUCCCUCUGGUACUGCACCUGCAGAGGACAGAGCAGGCUCGACCCUCUGGAUGAUGAGAUCAAGGGGAGGAUAGGCCUUAAUGAGGGUGGGCAUGUGAGUUACUGUCAAGACAGAAGCCAUGCUUAGGUACACGGCAUCUGACUGGGUGUCAUGGUCUACUUCACACUCUCAGACCAAAUGUAAGAUCUUCCAUUUGACUUAGGGUCACAAUAUAAGUGGAAUUCAUUCUUCAGAGAUUAUAGAAAAAUGUCUCAAAAAGAAUUCUCAUUUUUAAAGCUUGUAUCCUGACUAGUCAUAAAUUUGACUCUAUAAGUAGCAAUGUAAAUUGCCCCAGAGACCUGCACCCACCUCUUGUAACUGACCUGUGAAUUUUGCUCUACACCAUUCUCUCUUGAUCAAGAAAUGAAAUUUAUUAUCUUUGAAUAUCUGUAAGAUCUAGGAAAGUUACCAACUAACAUAGAGGUGAAAUUUAGGUAGGUUAGAUUAGUGUGCUCAAAGCAGGCAGCAGUGAAUGCUGCUCUGCUCCCUCUCCUUGUUGUAGAAAGAAUGCAGGACCUCAUCAGUCUUCCCCUAACCAGAGGUAGCCUCUGCAAACAGCACACCAGAUGGGACCGUCACAUGCUUGUGUGGUGGCUUCUUGUCCUUCUGACUUCUGUGGCAUGGUGCUAGUGCAUGUACCCUGUGGUAUUACCCUGCUGUACAUAGUGUGAACUGUCCUGUGAGCUUUGUGGCAGGAGACUGUGACCUUCAUAUCUGGUUUCAAAGAGUUCUUCAUGAACUCAGUAACACACAUAACAUGGCUGAGAGUCCCCUUUCCAGGCGGGGCUGGCCUUGUGUAGAAAAUCUUUCAGAAUGAUUUUACCAAGAAUUAAGGAUGGUAGUUUUAUUCCCACAUGUCAGGCCAAAGAGAGGCUUACAAAGUACAGUGGGUGGUGUCUAAAGAGACACCUCACUUACAGCCCUGCUUGGGUAACAGGAAACCACAGGACCUGGGAAUGCUCCUACUUGAAUCAUUAUGUGCUUUUUCAAUCAACAGUGCAGAAUAGGCUGCAUCUUGACACAGACUGUUAGGCAAUAUUGACUUUUUAUUAGUUCAUAUUUGUUUUAUCUUAGAUAACUUAUGUUCAAAGUGAGAAUAAGAAAUAACUAACCAGUUAAAAUAUAUGAAAAGAAGAAUUUCCCCUGCUCUACUUGUUUUGUCCUUGGAUAAGCCUUCUGAGAAGCAGGGUGAAUGAAGUUUAGGGAGCUGGGACACCUGUUCUUCUGCUAGCUGGACCACUGGCUUACCAGACAAUGAAAGGUGAGCAGAUUGAACCCCUCUGUGCCUCAGUUUCUCCCAUUAGACACCUACCUCACAGGGGCAUUGCGACAAAGAAUUUUAGGAAGGCAUUUUACAGCCUCUAAACAUGUUUAAGUGCCAUGAACAAUUUUUACAAUCUCUAUUUCAUAGCUCUGUAAGAAUUCUAUGUCUUAUGAGCAAGGCAGGUGCUAUAUGAACAAGGAAUCUUCCUAGGUGACAUACUAUGGUCUAGUAAUUAUUAUCGGAAGGCAGAGAAACUUCAGGAGCUGUUAUCCAUAUUCCAUUCCAUCCUCUGGAGGGACAGUGGAAGUUCUCAGAAGAAUAUCUUCAGUUAAGAGAAGAGCGACCUUUUUUGCUGCUCCCCCCACAUCUCAGCCCCCACCUUUUUCUGACAAUUAUCAGAAAACAUUCCCUUGAACUUUGCAAGGGGUUUAUAUGAUAGUACCAAAGGGAGAAUGAGCAUCUAAAGAUGGCAGGUCCCCAAAGGGGAAUUUGCAGAAAUUUUUUUUGUUUUAUAUUUACUUGUUUUUAUUUUUAAAUGCACAUUAAAGUGUACUCUAGAGCCAGAUCAGAUGCUCUAAAGUUUAAAGAGGUUCCAGAUCACAAACUCAAGUUAACAAUUUUCUUUGGAAUUAACCAGUCUAAAUUCUCUUCUAAAUAGUUUGUCCAAAAGUCUUAUUUUCCAAAUAAAUAGUUGUGCUAUUUAAUCAUCAGGCUAUCCUGCCUAUCUGUAUUUCUAUGUGACUGUCUUCAUCUGCCUGCCUGCUUGUCCCUCAUUUAGAAACCAUAUUACAGUUUUCCCAAUAAUGUAGACAUUUGGAAUCAAAGGGAAUAUAAUCAGUGUCCAUUCAUUCUAGUACCUAGUUAAAUCUAACCUGAUUUGUUUUAAACGUGCCAAUUUUUAUGUUUAUGUAUAACUUUCAUAUAUCCACAUAAGGAUUGAUUUACUAUUUUCUCCCCGCAUGACAGUUCUAAGAAAAAUAUUUUUGAACUGUGCAAUAUACCAGAUAUGCCAUAUGAGCCCAUUUAUUUGCUUGGACAGUGAUUCUGGAAUGAAUACUACCGAGUAAAUGUGAUAUUUCAUACAAAUAAUGAUAAUUAUUUUUAGAGAAGUCAGUUCUUUUUAAUUAUUCCUUCCUCUUUAUCAUUGGAGAAAUUUUUUAAAAGAAGAAAAUAGGUCCUAAUAAUAUAUUGCUGCUAAAACAAUGUGAUCAUCUAGGCCAUUAUAAUACAUUGCUCUGGAGUCGGAGGGAGUAGCUCAGUGGUAGUGUGUGUGCUUAGCUUAGCAUGUGUAAGACCCUGGGUUCUAUACCCAGCACCUUAAAUAAAUAAAUAAAUAAAUAUUUUUUAAGUUGUUAUAGAAAUAACUGAAGUCUUCCUCAGGAGAAGGAAAGGGCAAAGUAAUGGUAGAGCGCAGGCACCCUCCUCCCCCAACUCACCUGGGAUGGGCCCUACACAGCUGAAAUGCAGAACUGGUCUCUAAUACUCUCCAAGGAAUCCAGCUUGGGAAGCUCGUUAAGAACUGUACAUAUUUUUGAAUAUCCAACUUUUGUUCUUCAAAGUAAUCUCUAGGCACACAAAUAUGUUUCCAAGACAAUUCACAGGACAUACCUGUGCCAUGAGGAAGGCUUCUCAGGAGUAUUCAGCUUUGUUAGAGAGUAACAAGUGAUUAAGAAAUUCAAGAUUUGGUUUCACGCUUAGAACAAUUUCAGGUGCCGUUCUUUGUACACAGAAGCAAUUCUACUGCUUCACCAUUAGUAGAACUUGCACUUGGUGGUUGUUUUCAUAUUGGGGAAGCAUUUCUGCUUCCUUUCAGGGGACCGUCUUGUGCGGAGGCAGGCAGCUUUGGACCAGUCAGCACCUUACUCAAUGUGCCUGGGAGACAUUGACCUUAAGGUCUAGGUGCAUAGAAAAAAACACCUCUACAUCCUGCACAUCCAGAGAAAUGACAAGUCGUACCCCAUUUGAGUACAAUGAAUCAAAAUGCAUUCUGCUAUCAUGUCUAACUAAAUAGAACAAUUUAAAAAAACAUACCUGUGCUACAGGCAGAUCAGGAGCAGCUUCUGCCCCAGUGGUGUAAAGGCCAAGCAGUACCUGCAGAGAUGUCAGGUCAUGUAUGACCUGCCUCCAUCCCACAAGCCUCACAGGCGUCUGUACCUCUCUACCCCUUGAGGAAAAAGAACUAGAAACCUAACUUGAUACAGAAUGGACAUUUGUAUUUCUAUUUGCACUACUCCUUUAGCAGCUCACAUGGGCAAAGUCAUGAAAUAGAAUUGGUUCUAUAAAUUGCUUUAAAUUUUCUCUAAAUUUUGCCUUUAGGAAAAAAUUAAAAUUCUUCAAAGACAGCUAGCUGUCAUUGGUGCUGCCCCAGAACUUCUCUUUCUUUUACUUAUUUUUUCAGAAUGAAAUGGUUGCUGUGGAAAGGUCAAGGUUCAUAUAAGAGAAGAGUAUCAUGGUACAAAUAUAAUAGUUUUGCAACUGUUUCAAUUUUUCUUUUCCCUUGCCAGACACAGUGCAGCCAGCCCCAUUUCAGUAACUUGUGUUCUCAGAUCUGCGUUUCUCUUCUCCCAGAAGGCCUUUCUUAGUGGUUGUAAAGCAAACGCAUCGGAUUGGGGCCCACGUUGCAAAGGUGGGCAGUCUGUCACUACUUUCUGGCAAGUUGAGCUUAUGGAUUUAAGAUAAGCCUUUGGGGUUCCUGUCACCAUUUUCUGUCCUCUGAAGAAGGGUUGGGCCUCCUUUACUCUCAGUGUUUUGAGUAUUUUUCAAAUGUUUGUAAGUUCUCUUGCACUCUUCUAAUAAAAAUGAAAGCUCUCUGUCAAGAAAUGGCUUUGGAUGGCUCAGAGAUCUAGGGAAGGAAACAUAAGUACACCUGAGACUUUCAGUUGGUUUUUUAUUUAUUUAGAAUAAAAAGUAGUUUGAUAAGCUACCAGAGUUACUGCUCCUUUAAAAACACUCUCUGAAAAGAUGGGAACUGUCCCUUAGGAAAGCUAUAAAAGCUAUUCCCAAUACAUUGCAAUUGCUUUUGAUUUUUAGUCCUUUGGAGCAAAUAUCUGAUGUUAUGUCUGAUGUGAUGUUUUUAGAUCUGUGAAGAAAAUGUCUGAAAAUUUUUAGGGGUAUUAUUUAAACUCUGAUUAUCUGGCUGUAUUAUGUGGAGCUAGGUUUUAGGGCAGCUACUCACUUCUUUUCCUGUUGUCCUGACAGUAAAGCAGGUAGUGAGCCAUGUCUUUAAAACUAAUUUGCUUAUUCCACACUGACAUCUGAAGACGUCAGCCUUCUGUUGGGCAACCCGGGGGAUUCCCCUGUACACCAUGACUUAUUAAUGUUUUUUAGACAAGGCUAAAGCUGAGUGACUCUAUGUGUUUGUAGUUUCUGUAUUCAUAUACCAGCUGCUAAAAGAAAAACCGUGAGUGUAAUCUCAUCUUUAUAUUGCUCCUAAUUGUUAAUUGAAACCCUUCCUGUUUGGGGAGGAUUGCUGCUAAUAACAUCAGUUUGCAAUGUUAAGCUUUAGAUAUGUGUCAUAUGGGCGUCUGGAAACUGUAAUAAAUAUGAUUGA